AUGGAAAUACCACAGCGCCCUAGCCACCAGCGAACAUGGCUUGAGAGCUCAGGUGAUACACUUAUGCGCCAUAUUUCGUUCUUGGGGCCUGGUCUCAUUGCAGCUGUAGCUUACUGUGACCCCGGUAACUGGGCCACGGACAUGGAAGCUGGAUCCAGGUUCGGCUACAAGCUCCUCUUCACUGUGCUGCUUUCUGGCCUUUUUGCUGUGCUGCUCCAGGUGUUAUGCUGUCGUCUAGGUGCCGUAACUGGUUUGGAUUUGUCAACUCAAACUCGUCGUUUAGUGCUUGGCUUACCAGCAGGAGCAGGAGAGAUUCCACCAAUGAAUACAAUGAACAUGCGCCUUCGUUACUGGGGUCUGCUGAUACCACUGUAUAUUAUUAAUGAAGUGGCCAUCGUGGCGACCGAGCUGGCAGAACUUAUUGGCUCGGCUAUCGCUUUGAAUUUGCUCUUCCCAGUUAUUCCUCUGUGGGCGGGCGUACUUAUUACAACAGCUGAUGUGUUUUUGGCUUUAUUUUUGUUCCGACCCUCGUCGGGCGUCCGUUUGUUUGAGGCUCUUAUCGGCGUGUUGGUACUUAUUGUACUCGUAUGCUUUUGCAUUCUAUUACGACGCGUCUUGCCCGACUGGGGAGAUGUUUUUCAUGGAUUUGUUCCCACAUCCACCGUCGUGACAUCAGAAGGUUUGUAUAUCUCGAUUUCGAUUCUAGGUGCAACGAUCAUGCCACACUCAUUGAUUCUCGGCUCUCAUUUUGCGACAAUCGACCGUCUUGAUGGAGAGCUUGAUCCGAAUAAUGACGUACAGGAACAGUUAGAUCUGGAAAGUGAGGACCCUGGUGCAAGGCUGUCAUUCUGGCGUCGAAUCCUUCCAUCGAACCUCUCCUCUAUAUGGCGUCGCAUGAUUUCAUCUAAUAUUCGGGUUCCAGAAAUCCUGCAGACGGACGAAUUGCCGCCACAUAAGCCGGUAUCACUACAAUACUUAAAUGUCACUUUACAGCAUUCCUCGUGGGACAUUGCGAUCUGUCUUGUCCUGUUUGCUAUUACCAUUAACAGUGCGAUUCUCAUUGUGGCUUCAGCAGCCUUCCACUAUGGUAAUAAUAGCAAAGGGGACAGGGAAGUGGUGGGCGACUUAUUUCAAGCAUUUGCGUUACUCAAAGAUACGAUUGGCACGUCCACGGCUAUUCUUUUCGCUGUAGCCUUGCUGGCGGCCGGAGAAUCGUCAAGUAUCACUGUAACGCUCGCCGGUCAGAUUAUUUCUGAGGGCUUUAUUCGCUGGCGUAUCACUCCAUUCAUGCGCAGAUUCUUGACGCGUGCUAUUGCUGUAAUUCCUGCCAUGUUGGUUGCCGCCAUCGCUGGUCGUAAUGGAUUGGACACCAUGCUUGUCGCCUCGCAGGUAGCCCUGUCCAUGGCUCUGCCUUUCAUUAGCUUCCCAUUGCUGGUGAUCACAUGUUCGCCAUACCGAAUGACGCGCGAGAUAUUGGAAGACGAGUCUGCUGUCAUACCCUCACCAAACGAUAUGGGCGGAUCGUGCUACGACGCCUAUCAGCAGCAAGAUCCCUACAACCCUGACUACAGUCAAUCCGCCUCGACAAGCUUCGCAGCCGGUCAUUCAUCUACACCCAGCUCGUCUAAAAAUGUAAAUCUACCCAAGACAGAUGCUGAGGAUGCUAGCCUUUGGUGCCGUUGCCUGCGCAGAACAACAGAGUUCUGCUGGCCCAAACGAGACUAUCUCGACGGUGCGUCAGGUAAAUACUUUUACCAAUUUCAUUGCGCACAGCCUAUUGCUAUUCUUUCUUGGUCGGUGUUCUUAGUCAUCUGCAUUGCUGAUGUCUAUGUACUGCAGUCCAGCAUCCGAGAUCCCUCUAAAGCGUGA